AUGGGGUUUGGGAACCCAACAUGUCACCAACAUGCCAAACUCCCCUUCCUACUCCCAUCUCUCCUUCCCUUUCUCUUCCUCUUCAACCAUUUCCAUGUCAUCGCCGUCACCAACAUCCACCUCGCUAUCAUCACAAAACCCGUCACCUUUCAAGAAGCCCCUUCCUUUCGUAACGGUGACGCGUGUAACCGCGAGAGAAUCCAUAUUGCCAUGACACUUGACUCGAACUAUCUACGAGGUACAAUGGGAGCUAUUCUCUCCAUUUUGCAACACUCAACUUGUCCUGAGAACGUCGAGUUUCAUUUUCUCUGGGCGAGGUUCGAACCUGAGAUCUUUUACACUAUUAAAUCCACGUUUCCUUAUCUCAAGUUCAAGAUUUACCGGUUUGAAUCGGGUAGGGUACGUGGAAAAAUCUCAAAGUCGAUUCGUCUAGCGUUAGACCAGCCUCUAAACUACGCGAGGAUAUAUCUUUCUGAUAUUAUACCGGGUAAUGUAAAGCGGGUUUUGUACCUUGACUCUGAUCUUGUUGUUGUUGAUGACAUUGCGAAGCUUUGGGAGGUUGACUUGGGUGGCAAGGUAGUGGCUGCACCUGAGUAUUGUCACACGAAUUUCACAAGGUAUUUCACCGACAUGUUUUGGGCGGACCCAGAACUCCCUCGUGCGUUUCUCGGUCGGAAGCCUUGUUAUUUCAACACGGGUGUGAUGGUCGUGGAUGUUGAAAAAUGGAGAGAAGGAAGAUAUACACAAAAGGUGGAAGAGUGGAUGAGGGUGCAGAAGGAAAAGAGGAUUUAUCAUUUGGGUUCGUUGCCUCCUUUUCUUCUUGUUUUGGCCGGCGAGAUAAAAGGCGUGGAUCAUAGAUGGAAUCAACAUGGUUUAGGAGGGGAUAAUAUUGAAGGUAAAUGUAGGAGUCUUCACCCUGGACCUGUUAGUUUACUUCAUUGGAGUGGGAAAGGCAAACCUUGGUUGAGGCUAGAUUCGCGGAACCCUUGUACCGUCGAUCAUCUUUGGGCACCUUAUGAUCUCUAUCGCCCAACCUCAGAUUUUUAUGAAGGAUGAAAACGAUAGUAGAAACUUUGAACAUUCUGCGGCGACUAUAGAGCCGUUGAAUUGAAUCCAAGACAAAGAAAGUUUGAACUUAGAUCAAACGGUCUUCAGUCGCUGAAAUUUUGUAGCCAAGAUUGACGGAAGAUAUUGUCGGGGGAGGGAGAGGAAGAUACUCUUCUGUUCUUCAGAUAUGAUGAUGUCUAAACAGCCUGAUAGGUUUUGUAGAUGUUCUUAGUUCAAUUGCAUUGUCAAUGUUAGAAUACAAAAAAGGUUGUUUUGGCCUUGUUCUUGGUUUCUUUGUGAGAACAAAUCUACGCCUAAAUAUCCGAUUCGGUCAUUGAAAUUAUAGCUUUCUUAUCAUUGAUGCAUUAUUAAUUAACACUAUAAACCAUGAAAAAAAUUA